AUGGCUGCACAACAACAAGAACUAGAUGAGAAGAACCCAUUCUAUGAGUUAGUAGUCAUUUGUAGUACUUCGGGUCAAUUUGACCAAACCGUAAAUUCGUUCAAAGAUAUUAUAAAAAAGUCUAAGUUAGUAUGUAUAAAAGACUCUGAGUUGUUAGAUUGGAUAAAGAAGUACCAAAGAAGAGUUUUGAAGUAUAAUGCUAUAAAUGAGUAUGUCAAUUCUAAGUUUAAAGACCCAAAUGAGGAAAUGCAGAGAAUAUUAGAGAAGAAACACUUCAGAAACAAACAGAAAGAGAUAGAAUACAUUUCGAAGAAAUUGCAAUCUUACGAUUGGAAGACUUACCCUCACAGAUGUCUUCUUAUCUUAGAUGAUUUCGCCUCUCAUCCUUUGUUAAAGAACAGAGAACAAGACAUGUGUCGAAUUCUUAAGAAGCUCAGACACUUUAACAUCUCAGUUGUCAUUUGUGUACAGACAGCAAAGAGUUUAAGUAAGGAUGUAAAGAGAAUACUUACUGAUAUCAUACUUUUCCCUGGAUUGUCCGAAGACGAUUUCAUGGAACUUAUGAAAGAGUCCAUGGCAGGUAAGUUUGACAGACAUGAACUAUGGGAGAAGUACAAAGUCAUACAAGACCCUCAUACUUCUUUCAGAAUUCAUAUCUACGCAAACAAAGUUCAAAUUGUAAAAAGUCAAUAA